AUGGACUCCCAGAAGACCCCGGCGCAACCGACAGCGUACGGCAAGCGGCUCUUCGUCGACAUCAUCGAUGAUCGGGCCCGGAACGAGCCCCACCGCGAAUGGGUAUCCAUCCCCAACUCCUCCGACCCUAAGGACGGGUGGAAGAAAAUCACGUACAAGCAAGCAGCCAACGCCAUCAACAGAGUCGCCCACAAGCUCGUCAAUGUCGCCGGCCUCCCAGCUGACGGGGAAUUUCCCACCGUCGCCUACAUCGGCCCGAACGAUGUCCGCUACCUCGUCUUCGCGCUCGGCGUCAUCAAGGCCGGCUACAAGGCCCUCUUUAUCUCGCCGCGCAACACACUCGAGGGCCAGCUCAACCUGUUCGAGCAGACUGACUGCCACUUCAUCUGGUUCGACGCGGCGUACAAGGACACGGUCCAGUCCUGGUUGCAGGAACGAGACAUGCGCGCCUUCAUGACGUUCCCCGUCGCAGGAUGGUUUUCCGAGGAGCACGUCGAGCCGUAUCCCUAUAACAAGACGUUCGAGCAGGCUGAGUGGGAUCCAUGGGUGGUUCUGCACACCAGCGGCAGCACGGGGCUUCCCAAACCCAUCGUAGUGAGACAGGGGAUGUUGGCAAUCGGCGAUAAGUACCACAAUCUUGGCGAAUGGAAGGGCAGGAGAAUCUGGGUCGACGAGAUUUCGCGCAGAUCGAAAAGAAUCCUGAAUCCGAUGCCCAUGUACCAUGCCGCUGGCCUCUACCUCUCGUCACUCAUGGUGCACUACUGGGACCUUCCGAUAGCCUUCGGCAUCGGUGACCGCCCGCUCUCGGCGGACAUGGCUGUGGAAUGCCUCAGGUGUUCGGACACAGACGCGGUGUUCUUGCCACCCGCGAUCCUCGAGGAACUGAGCCAGUUGGAAGAAGGCGUCGCUGCGCUGAAGCAGCUUAAACUGGUGUGCUUUGGUGGUGGCAACCUUGCUGGGGAAGCAGGGGACAGGCUGGUAAAUAGGGGCGUGACAUUGAUGAACCUCAUAUCGGCCACAGAAUUUACCCCCUUUCCCUUCUAUUGGCAGCCGGACCAAAAGCUCUGGCGAUACUUCAUCUUCAACUCAGAGCUGUUCGGCUGUGAGUGGAGGGAGUCGGCUGAGCCGAACGUGUAUGAGCUGGUCGUCGUGCGGAAGGACAAGCACCCCGGCUAUCAGGGAUUCUUCUACACCUUCCCCGACGCCAACGAGUACAGGACGAAAGACCUGUACAUGCCGCAUCCGUCGCUGCCAGACCACUGGAUCUACCACGGGCGAGCCGACAACAUCAUCGUCUUCUCCAACGGCGAGAAACUCAAUCCCGUCGAUAUCGAAGUGCGGAUGAUGGAUCACCCCGGAGUCAAGGGCGCGUUGGUGGUCGGCAGCAACCGCUUCCAGCCGGCGCUCAUUCUCGAGCCAGCGCAGCACCCCGGGAGCGAAAAGGAGGUCAAGGAGUUCAUCGACAGCGUCUGGCCCCUGGUGGUCAAGGCCAACAAAGAAACGGUCGCCCACGGCCAGAUCGGGCGGCAGAUGAUUGGGCUGUCAAAACCAGACAUGCCCUUCCUCCGAACGAGCAAGGGAACCAUCCAACGCGCGGCCACCGUGCGGAUGUACAAGGACGAGAUCGACAAGCUCUACGAACGGGCUGGCGAGGUCGCGUCGUCUGAGGCACCGAAGAUGGACCUUCGGUCGAGGGAGGCACUGACGCAGUCCAUCGAGACGCUCUUCGAGAAGUGGCUGCACGCGCCCAAGCUGGAGCCGGACACGGACUUCUUCACGGCGGGCAUCGACUCGAUGCAGGUCAUCAACGCGUCCCGGCUGCUCCGGGCCGGCCUGGAAGCCGCGGGCGUCCGGGUGGACGCUUCGGCCCUUGCGACGCGGGUCAUCUACGGCCACCCAACCGCGAGGCGGCUAGCGGAAUACCUGUUCUCGGUCGUGAACAAGGACAGCCAGGACGCCACCACCGGCGAGGCCGAGCAGGAAGAUCACGCGAUGGAAGCCAUCCUGCAGAAGUACACCCGCGACAUGCCGCCGGCGCGCGAAGAUAAGCCGCCGCCGGCAGACGAGGGCCAGGUGAUCGUCAUCACGGGCACCACGGGCGCGCUGGGGUCGUACAUGCUGGACUUGGCGCUGUCGUCGCCGCGCGUCAAGAAGGUCAUCUGCCUCAACCGGUCCGACGACGCCGAGACGCGACAGAGCAAGGGCAACGCCGAGCGCGGCCUCAGCACCGACUUCUCCAAGGCCGAGUUCCUCCGCGCCGACAUGUCCCGCUCCGACCUGGGGCUCGGCCGGGAGACGUACGACCGGCUGCUGGGCGAGGUCGACCGCGUGAUCCACAACCAGUGGCCCGUCAACUUCAACAUGCCGGUCGAGUCGUUCGAGCCGCACAUCCGCGGCGUGCGCAACCUGGCCGACUUCAGCUGCCGCGCGGCGAAGCGCGUGCCCGUCGUGUUCAUCUCGUCCAUCGGCGCGGUCGACGCGUGGACCGCGCCGGAGCCGGUGCCCGAGCGGCCGCUGCACGACCUCGGCCUCAGCCGCGGCGGCUACGGCCGCUCCAAGCUCGUCAGCAGCCUCGUCCUGGAGCGGGCCAGCGAGGUGUCGGGCGUGCCCGCUGAGAUCAUCCGCGUCGGGCAGAUCGCCGGGCCCAGCAGCGCCAAGGGCGCCUGGAACCGGCAGGAGUGGCUGCCCAGCAUCAUCGCCAGCUCGCUGUAUCUGGGCGUGCUGCCCGACAGCCUCGGGCGCAUGUCGACGGUCGACUGGACGCCGAUCGAGGGCAUCGCGAAGUUGGUGCUCGAGGUGUCGGGCGUGACCUGCAGCGUGCCGCUCGAGGACAUCAACGGGUACUUCCACGGGACCAACCCGGCCACGACAGAGUGGGCGACGCUGGCGCAGGCGGUCCGGGAGUUUUACGGCGACCGCAUCAAGAAGCUGGUCAGCCUGGACGAGUGGGUCGCCGCGCUGGAGGAGAGCCAGGCCCGCACCGAGGACAUCAGCAAGAACCCGGGUGUCAAGCUGCUGGACACGUACAAGGCGUGGGCGAAGGCGGCGAGGGAGGGCCAGCGCUACGUCGCCAUGGACACGGCGCGGACGACAAGCUGCAGCCCGACGAUGCGUGAGAUGAAGGCGAUCACGCCGGAGCUGAUGAAGAACUGGUGCAGACAGUGGGGGUUCUGA